UGUAAAAAAAUUAGUGAGUAUCAAAGCAUCUGAAGAAUACUGCAUCCACGUGAAAAAGGUAGAAAAAUCACAAAACAAAAAGUUGCCCUGAGUGUUGCGGUUGUCAUGGUCACCCUUGGGCACUUUGUAGCUCCGCCCCUGUUUGGAUGGUACGCACACUCUUAAAUAUGCAUGCAUUUCAGGCAAUUUAUUUCCCGAAUUUAUUGUGUUCGAAUUUAAAUUAGAAAACAUCCUCACCCUCAUUCAAAUGUCAUUUCAUGUCUGCAAAAUACAAUACAGUAAAUACAAUAUGCUACUGAUGCUCUAUUGAGUACGUUGCCUUUAUUUUAUUGUAGCCUGGCCCAAGUUGGUGUGUGCGCGUGUGCCCACGCGCGUGAGUGGGAGGUAUCGGGACGCCCCUCUAUAAAUACUGCCUUCAUCCUCCCAUUACUUGUUUUUCUCAUUUUUACCUGAACGCAUUUAACAUGAGGUUCAUCGUGUGGAACAUUCUCUGUUUAUCCAUUUCAUUACUUGACACGGCCGAAGUUCCGAAGCGAUGCUCAGCGCCACCCCAGUUUCCGUCCACCAGACUCCAAAAUAAAUGGAGGACCAGAAACACGUUCGACAUUGGGGAGAAAGUUUACUACAAGUGUGCCGAAGAUUUCGUCGCAUACGCGGGCAGCCUCUCGGUGAUGUGCGUCAAUGGAAUCUGGACUGCGUUGACACUCAAAUGCGAAAAGAGAUCAUGUGGUAAUGUUGGUGAUCUACCUAAUGGAAGGUUUCGCUAUGAAGGACAUCCACUCAUUGGGGAGAGGGUCUACGCAUUGUGCAAUGACGGGUACACACUAAAAGGACCGAAGUACAUGACAUGUGAGAGGGCUGGAUGGACUGGUGAAUUUCCCACAUGUGAAAAGGUUGACACCACCUGCUCCACACCGGAAGUGGCCAACUCAGAGAGGAUUAGUGGUGGUGAUUCCAUACACCGGGCAGGCGAAAAGUUGACCUUUACUUGCAGUCCAGGUUUCCUGUUAGAUGGCCCUCAGCACGUCACUUGCAGUCCCUCAGGCCAGUGGGAGCCCAAAGUCCCCCAGUGUCUGACUUCAGCUGCUCAUCAAGGAGGCUGUAGUGCUCCGGAAAAUUUGGACGAGUCUCAUACCAACCUCGCUGAUGAGUUCAUCACUAGGACGACCUUUGCCGCUGGUGAGCGAGUCACAUACACGUGUGAUGUCGGCUACAGUCCAGUGGGUGGCAGCAGAUAUCGGAAGUGCAUCAGUGGACAGUGGACGCCGCUUCUGCUCAAGUGUGAACGGAAAUUGUGUGGCUCGGCUGGGGAGAUUCGAAAUGGACGCUUCAUUUAUACCGGAGUCGAGUUUGGCGACAUCGCCACAGCUCACUGUGAUGAUGGGUUUCAGCUUGUAGGACGACCAACCAGGAAUUGCAUGAGUUUUGGCUGGGAUGGUCAUGCUCCCUUUUGUGAAGUCGUGGAGUGUGAAGAGCCUCCAGAGGUAGCCAAUGCAGAGCAAAACGGCAAAGAGGAAGCACCCUACAAGUACAGGAGUGUGGUAGUGUAUGAAUGUCGCACGGGGAACCUUGUGGGGAACAAGGCGAUAUGGUGCACAGAGAACGGCACGUGGAGCACACCGCCUUCGUGCAGAGAAAUCACCUGUCCAUCUCCAAAAGUGCCCAACGCCUCCUGGACGCGAGCUCACAUCAGACUUUAUCAACACCGGGACACGAUCAGCAUCGACUGUCGCCAUGGUUACACGGUGGUCGGCGCGAGCACCGUCACCUGUGGUGACAAUGGUCAGUGGGUUCCCAUCCUUCCCAAGUGUCGACGCACAUGUAAGUCAACACCUCUGGUAGAAAUCUAUCAGAUGAUUGUUAUCGUAAUUACUUUUAUGAACAAAUUCAUAUCUUGUUUUUGUUUAUUUUUUUUAGCACGGCACACUAAAUGGCAGAGUCGGUAUGCUGUCUGAUGUGUCUUGCUACAUUUGUCAGUCCAGGACCGGCAUAAUAAGAGCAAACAGAGGAUGGAAAAAUUCCCUUUGGACCUUAAUAUUUCUUUGCCUUACACACAUUCGACAUGUUUUUAAAAUGAAGCUGACAUACAUGGUGUUUAUUUCAAUAAAGUGUUUUUGGGCAAGAAUGAGUACAAACUUAUUGCGUUCACCUCUAUACAUUGUUUUUUUUUCGUUUUUUGUUUUUUUGUCCUUUACUGUCAAUAAUGUCAUGUGUAUCAUCAUCUAUAGGCUAAACUGCUAGUGAGCGUUCAUGAACAAACAAGUUACAAGAAAAUAAAGAACACCAAUUCCAUUCAUUUAAAAAGACAAUACAAAAUCCAGACAUUUACAUGAGCAUUGACAAUUCAAGUGCAAAUAUCAAACUCUAUGAUACAUCAUAGCAAACUCUCUUUUAAAAGGCAACAAUCUCAACCAAAAAGAAAAAAAAGGAGAAA